AUGGCUUCGAGUCACCGCGGCGCGUCCGUGGGGCCGUCCCGCGACAAGUCGUACUUUGAGCAGCAGCGUGAAGCUUUCCUCGGCGACAUUGCCCUGAGCUUCGAGCAAGUCCUCGGCAACAUUAAUAAGCUAAACCGGUCGCUGGAAUCCAUAAUUGCGGUGGGCAACGAGUUCUCGUCGGUGGAGACGCUGUGGUCGCAGUUUGAAAAUGUCAUGGGCAAGGACGAGACGGCGGAGAAGCAGGCCGAACACGAAGAGGAGGCGGAGGAGCAGCAGCAGCAACGGCAAGCAUCGGGGUCCGGAUCGAGGGGGGUGAAGCGCGAGGCGCAAAGCGAUGUGGAGGAGUCGUAG